UCUCGCGGGCAGCCACCGCCGCCGCCGCCGCGGGAUGCAGCCGUCCCGCUAUGUUUGGCCCCGGCGGUUCUGAUCCCUGACUAAAGAUGGCGCUGGGCUCGGCCGCGCUGCCCGCUCGGAACAUGACGGGGGGCGGGCGCGGGGCGCGGGUCCUGCUGCUGCUGCUCCUCAGCGGCUGCUUGGGCGAGCAGCCCCCGGCCGCCGCCGCCGCCGCCGGCGUCCCCUCCGCCUCCUCGGCCGGGGGCAGCGGGGCGCCGGGCGACGCGGAGGAGACGGUGAUCAUCGGGCUGCGGCUGGAGGACACGGACGACGUCUCCUUCAUGGAGGGGGGCGCGCUGCGGGUGAGCGAGCGGACGCGGGUCAAGCUGCGGGUCUACGGGCAGAACAUCAACAACGAGACCUGGUCCCGCAUCGCCUUCACCGAGCACGAGCGGCGGCGGAGCGGGCGGCCGCCGGCCGAGCAGGAGGACGGGCCGCCGGAGGGCAGCUCCCCGCAGCGCUGCGGCAUCCGCACCUCGGACAUCAUCAUCCUGCCGCACAUCGUGCUCAACCGCCGCACCUCGGGCAUCAUCGAGAUCGAGAUCAAGCCCCUGCGCAAGACCGAGAAGAGCAAGUCCUACUACCUGUGCACCUCGGUGUCGGGCCCGGCCGCGCUGGGGGCCGCCGGCCCCCCCGGGGGCGGCCCGGUCGGGGCCGACGGCCCCGCCGGCCCCCCGCCCUGGACCGAGACCACCUGGAUCUACCACGAUGGCGAGGACACGAAGAUGAUCGUGGGCGAGGAGAAGAAGUUCCUGCUGCCCUUCUGGCUGCAGGUGAUCUUCAUCUCGCUGCUCCUCUGCCUCUCGGGCAUGUUCAGCGGCCUCAACCUGGGCCUCAUGGCCCUGGACCCCAUGGAGCUGCGCAUCGUGCAGAACUGCGGCACCGACAAGGAGAAGAACUACGCCAAGCGCAUCGAGCCGGUGCGCCGCCAGGGCAACUACCUGCUGUGCUCCCUGCUGCUGGGCAACGUGCUGGUCAACACCACCCUCACCAUCCUGCUGGAUGACAUCGCCGGCUCUGGGCUGGUAGCCGUGGUGGUCUCCACCAUCGGCAUAGUCAUCUUCGGCGAGAUCGUGCCGCAGGCCAUCUGCUCCCGUCAUGGCUUGGCCGUGGGUGCCAACACCAUCUUCCUCACCAAGUUCUUCAUGAUGAUGACCUUCCCAGCCUCCUACCCUGUCAGCAAGCUGCUGGACUGCGUGUUGGGCCAGGAGAUCGGCACGGUCUACAACCGCGAGAAGCUGCUUGAGAUGCUGCGGGUCACCGACCCUUACAACGAUCUGGUCAAGGAGGAGCUUAACAUCAUCCAAGGGGCGCUGGAGCUGCGCACCAAGACGGUGGAGGACGUGAUGACCCCACUCCGAGACUGCUUCAUGAUCGCCGCUGAGGCUGUUCUGGACUUCAACACCAUGUCUGAGAUCAUGGAGAGUGGCUACACUCGCAUCCCCGUCUUCGAGGGCGACCGCUCCAACAUUGUGGACCUGCUCUUCGUCAAGGACCUGGCCUUUGUAGACCCAGAUGACUGCACCCCGCUCAAGACCAUCACUCGCUUCUACAACCACCCGCUGCACUUUGUCUUCAACGAUACAAAGCUUGAUGCCAUGCUGGAGGAGUUCAAGAAAGGCAAAUCUCAUCUGGCAAUAGUACAGCGAGUCAACAAUGAAGGGGAAGGAGAUCCUUUUUAUGAAGUCCUGGGGAUUGUCACGUUAGAAGAUGUGAUUGAAGAAAUCAUCAAGUCUGAGAUUCUAGAUGAAACUGAUUUGUACAGUGAGUAG